AUGAGUGGUGGUGGAGGUGGACGGAGGAAAAUUCCGACAUCAAAUGGCCGGAAAGACAGAGAUGAAGAUCUUCUUCUAUUCCGGGAGAUGCAUAAACGCGAAAAAGAUCGCGUCGUCAGCCUCCUUCAGCCUGUCUCCGAUGACUUUGAGUCAAAUGGAAAUUCAGAGGCAACAAUGGCAAGCAGUGGAAGGCCCAAAUCUCCUAAUCCAAAUCCAAAUCCAAAGCCGAAGCCUAAAGUCCCUCCCAAAUCUGUAACCCCAAGUGGGAGACCUACCAAUAUUUCAUCACAAAACACUAAAUUCAAACCAUUACCAAACCAAAAAAUGAACCAAUCCACCACUGACCUCAUGAAAAAACCAAAUGUAAUACUAACUACUACUCCAAAACCCACAAAGCAGAGAGAAAGCAAUCCAAAUUUUCUCACUUCAAACCUUUCAAAAAGCAUUGGCACAGACUCAAAAUCCAAACCUAAAAGCAGAGGGGUGUCACCCCUAGUGAGAUCAACAAUCCCAGCUCAAAUUCCAGGAUUUUCGGAUCAAACACCGACGAAUUUAAGGACAGAUAGAGCAUCUUCUGCCACAAGGGGUCGACCAGGGAACCAAGCUAUGCCGAUUGUCUGGAAACCCGAGCCGAUUACUAACCCUAGGAGGCAGUCAUGCUCACCAAGUGUGACUAGGGGACGCAGAGUGGAACAAAAGCAAGAGAGUGAAGGAAAUGUGAGUGCACAAAAAGAAAGUAGAGUCCAAGCUGCAGGGAGUGGAACACAAGUUUUGGGCAGUAGAAUGUUGGACAAGUUCAUGAAUGCUAGGAAGUUGAGUGCUGAAGAUAGAGAAACAAAGCCAAAGUUGAAUGGUUCUGUGAAUGAGAGCUCUGGUUUUGGAAGGAUGAUGUCAAAGAGUUCCUUGGAUAUGGCUCUCAAGCAUAUGGAUAUUAAAAGAGAGCCAAUUAUUUAUCGUCAAGCAGGCACUAGGAGUACCUAUGGCAAAGGUUCUGUAACCAUAGAGAAUGCUAAAUGA